AUGGCGAUACCGUGGAGGCUCUGUUGGAGGUGGACUACAGGCGCUACGAGUACACGUGUACUAGAAACCAUAUGCGGUUUUAAUGGAAGGUCUGCUACGUUUGCUGCCUCGUCUCUCCGAGGAACGGGGGCCGUCGCUUGCUCGGGAUAUGAGGUAGAUAUCGUGCGCGCGUGUCAGUGCCAAUAUUUCGCCGGGCGGGCGUGCUGUCAACCCAAGGAAGGUCAACCGGUAUUUAACAUGGAAUCUGCAAGCUGAUCUUAUCUUAUUGAAUGAGCUAUAGCUUGCCUGGUGUAGCUAUAUUGGGAUUUAGUCCAGUUUAUUCCAGUUGUAGUAGCGAACAAAAAACAUCUAUAUUUUAUGAAGGACAUUGGUUUUGUGGGUAUAGUUACAACAAAGAUUGUUGCUAUUUGACAAGAUGGUUUGGAGUUCUAGCUAGCCAUACCAUACAUCUUGCUGGUUUGUUCUGCAGUCUCAGUUUAGCUAAAGGUCAAGACAAUUCAUGUCAUUGCAGGGCUACACUGUACUAAGCCUUGCACUUGAUUUAUCUCACUGACUUAACCCUUUUAGUUCAGAAGGGACACUAGGUUAUAGGGUUGGGCAGAUAUAUGAUUACAUUUAAUAAUAUGAUAUUUGACAUUGACGAUAUGUCGUGAUGUGCAAUACCAUACUCUAUUCCCCUCAAACUAAGCAAGUGCCACUUCGUUUUUUCAUUGUUCCCCUCUAAUCAGGGACUGAUUUAGACCUGGAACACCAGGUGGGUGGAAUUAAUUAUCAGGUAGAACAGAGAACCAGCAGGCUCCGGACCUUGUAGGGUAAGAGUUGAAUACCCCUGCUCUAUUUGAACUUUACAAAUCAAAACUGUGCAGUUUGAUCAGUUAGGCUGUAUCAAAUAUGUUUAUUCAAUUUUUUUUUGCAUAUUUACGAUAUUAUAAAGUCUGGAAUCAUCUAGUCAUUAACGGCACAAAACGAUUAUAUAGGAUAUCGCAAUAUUUGGAGUAACUUAUCAUAGAAGAGGUCUCCCCAAAUAUCUCCCAACCCUACCAUGUUAUUACUAGACAGAACUGUCAGUGGGUAGCCUACAUUGCUUGGUCAAGUGUAUGUGGUUCAUAGCCUAGAAUAACCUCAACUAGGCUACCUCAUAACAUUAUGUCCUUCAGUAACCUGAGUAAAAGUUGUCAAAUGCUCGCCUGACUAAAGGUUUGGCUACAUGUGCUCAAGUUGUUGUGCUCAGGUUAUUCAUUUGUGACAUUGAUUUAUUUCAGGGGAUGUCUUCCAGGCCUGUACACACAACCUCAAAAGGCAACUAUAUUCUGACAAGGUGAGUCUGAGAUUGAAAUAUCAUAUGCAGUAAUUUAUAUAGAUAGAGAUAUGAUAUAUGGAUGCAGUAAUUGUUAUAUUUAUGUGUGCAUAUUUAUUUUCCAGUAGGCACAAAUCAAGGUUGCUUUACCCCACACCAAAGCCUUGCUGCUGCAAAAGGAUACACAGUGAUGCCAAGUUGAAGGACCCGUUCACACUAGCCCAAAAAGACUUGAAUCAUUUGUAUGAUGAUAUUAAAAAGGUAAGUCAUGUGACUUUGUCGUCAUGUAGCAUGGCUACAGUGUCAUGCGCGUCUUACUUUGUCUCAUAUAGCUUAUAUGCACAGUUCAGACUACUGUUACUGAUAUUAAAGUUACUUAACCCCAAUAAAGGUGUCUUUUCUGUUCUUCACAGGAGCUUUUUGUGUCCAAAUCAGAGCUGAAGUCCUUAUGUGACUACUACUUUGACGGGAAGGGCAAGGCCUUCCGACCCAUGAUAGUGGUGCUGAUGGCCCGGGCCUGCAAUAUUCACAGCAACAGAGAUGGGUAAGAUACUAUCCUGGGUAUAGUGCAGUGAACUCGGUAGGUAGUAUGUGAACUAGGUACAUACAUACUUGGUAGUAAUGUAUGUAGCCUUAUGGUGUACAAGAGGCAGACUUGGGUGAGAAACUAUGCUAAUUAAAUGCAUCUAUCUAGCACACACACCAGGAACAACUUGUCACAAGUGACUGGGGAGAAUACACAUUUUAGAAAGGUAAGAUAGGCUGUACCCUUUGAUUGCUGUUUAUGACUUCAUUGCCGGAGAUGGCUGUAGGCUAUUACAGUCUAAAUGAAUCAUGCACAUGCUAUUCCAUUGCAAUAACCAUUUCAUAAAAUGAUUCAUUCAGGCUGCCCAUAUCAGUGAUUGUCGAUUGAACCAAUAUGUGUGAGCAAGGUCUGACUAUGUAGUUCUCUGUCUGUCUGUGUAGAGAUCUGCUCCCAGGCCAGCGGUCCAUAGCUAUGAUCUCUGAAAUGAUCCACACUGCCAGCCUGGUCCACGAUGAUGUCAUCGACGGCUCGGACAAGCGGAGGGGGAAGACUACCAUCAAUGAAGUGUGGGGGGAGCGAAAGGUGACCCGAGUCCUCCGAACUAGGGUUGUCUGUUAGCAGUAGCCAGUCAUGUUGUCAUAUACACGCUACUCAACAACAAUAUAUGCAGUUCAUGUUAUUGAGGAAAAUUGUCAUAUGAAAUGACCCCAGUUAUCUUGAAAAGGUGCCAGACUAACACCUUUCUGUAAUGUAUCUUAUGACAAACUAAUACACCCUUACUAGUUGUAAGAUCAUAUGGUUUUGUUAAUCAUGUGUUCUAUAUACUCUCCCAGGCCAUUUUAGCUGGAGACUUCAUCCUCUCGGCAGCCUCCAUGGCUCUGGCCCGUAUCGGCAACAACACGGUGGUGUCAGUGCUGUCUCAGGUCAUAGAGGAUCUGGUGCGAGGUAAGGACCCAUGCAACAGUAAGUUGCGCAAUAUCAUUGUUGCAUUGCACAAGAAAUGCAGUCCGUUACAGUUUAAACAGUUGAUUUUUAUCUGUUACCUUGGCUGUUUCAGUUACUGUACACUUUAACAGAACUACACUUUGAGUUUUCAGUUUCGCUUAUCACCAUUACCUGCCCUUUUACAGUCAAGAUUGUUGUAAUGCAACGCUUCUGAUUCUGUAAGGGGAAAUGAGGAAUCAACGUUCAAGAUUACCAAAGCGUAUAGGAAAUGCUAUCUCUGUUCACACUAAUAUAUUUGUUGAUGUUCCAGGGGAAUUCAUGCAGCUGGGCUCCAAGGAAAACGAGAAUGAGAGAUUUAAGCACUACCUCGAGAAGAACUUCAAGAAGACUGCCAGUCUUAUUGCGAAACAGUUGUAAAGCAGUAUGUACGUUCUAUCUCGACAACAAUAACAGACUUCCAGGAAGUCUUAGGGCAGAACUGAAAAGGUCUGUGUUGACUGGUUGUCAUUUUCCAUUCAAGGUGUCUAUUCUGGUGAACUCGGAUCCAGAGGUACAUGAAAUAGCCUUUCAGUACGGCAGGAACGUAGGCAUUGCCUUUCAGGUACAUUUCAAAAUUUGCUUUUGCCUCUUGAAUGGGUGUCGUAUAAUAUUCUUAUUUAUUUUAUAUUUAUUUUAUAAAUGAAUUUAAGAAUGAAAUGUGUAAGUUUUUGAAGUUGACUUAAUGUUAAUUCUGUGUGUCCUAGCUGGUGGAUGAUGUGCUGGACUUCACAGCAUGUGCCAGCCAGCUAGGAAAGCCUUCGGCUACAGACCUUAAGCUGGGCCUGGCCACCGGACCAGUCCUGUUUGCCUGUCAACAGGUGUGUUAUUGUGCACAUCUUCCAUUUAUUGAAGGAAAAAGUUGAACAGUCAACAUUUAGCUUCCCAUAUGGGAAAUUAAUAACUUUUCUGGUUACUGUCCAACAUUGCUAUUUCUAGAUUGAAUCACAGUGACUGAUUAGUCUAUAUAUAUAUAUAUAUAUAUAUAUAUAUAUAUAUAUAUAUAUGUAUAUAUAUGUAUAUAUAUGUAUAUAUAUGUAUAUAUAUGUAUAUAUAUGUAUAUAUAUAUAUAUAUAUAUGUGUGUAUAUAAUAUGCCUAAUUGCGUAGUCUGUGACAGUGUAUUUUACCGUUUCCUCUUUAGUUUCCUGAGCUGCAUGCUAUGAUCAUGAGGAGGUUCAGCACCAGUGGAGACGUGGAUCGGGCCUGGCAGUAUGUCCUGGAGGUAAGGCUGUUGAUGAAGAUGGAUGGACACAUUUCUACCUUUGUGAGAAUUGCGUGUAUAAAAACACAAUCUAAAAAUACUAUUGGUCUUAUGAUUAUGUAGUCUGCCUUUGCAUUGUUUGCUCUUUGGUGUUUUAGGCUGGGUGUCUGUAAAGCACUUUGUAAAAAGGGCUGAUGUAAAAAGGGCUUUAUAAAAUAAGUUUAUAAAAUACACCCGCCUGGUUUCUCCUUCCCUCAGAGUGAUGGUGUGGAUCAGACCAACUACCUGGCCCAGCGCUACUGCCAGGAGGCCAUCCGGCAGAUCAGCCUGCUUAGGCCCUCCCCGGAACGGGACGCCCUCAUCAGGCUCACCGAGAUGGUCCUCACCCGCGACAAGUGA